AUGGAGUCCAAAAACCAUAACGCCUAUUCGGGGAAGCGAAUCAACUGGGGCAGCUUCAGCAAGUCUCUCAGCCGCGAUGCCGAACCCUACGAGGACCUGUCUGCCUUUGGCUACACGGCAAAGAUGUACUACGACUCUGAAAAGUAUGCCUGGAUCCAGUCUGGCCGCCACCUGAUUCCCUGGAUGGGUCACGAGGAGCUGCUCAUUGACAGGUACGACGCUCGCGGAUACCUGAACGAUUUAUCGCUGUACGACAGCUCGAAACUCUCAAAGCAGUCAAACGCCCAGCUUACCGAUGAGGAACUUGAACAGGAGAGGUUACUGAAUAUUGAACGUUUUGCCGAUCUAAAAGAUGAAGAUGAAACUGAAGACGAACCAGCAAACAAUGAUGCUGCUUUGGUCAGUGGUGGCCAAUACUCCAAUGUUGGAUAUCAGUAUGAAAACUCGAAUACUAGAUUGUCGAAAGAAAAUGGACAUGCGAAUAAGGACGAAACUAAAAGUGGUGAUACAUUCAAAGCUCCUCAUGGACUCAACAUUUUGCCCAACUUGACUUUGCCUGAAACCAACAAGCAUCACCAUAUUAUUGAAAAGACGGCUCUGUUUGUGGCACAACAGGGUUCACAGAUGGAGAUUCUGCUUAAAACGAAGCAGGCAUCAAACUCCAGUUUCGACUUUCUUUCCAUCGAUUCACCACUGAACCAGUACUACAAGUUUUUACUUAACGAGAUUAAAAUGGGCAAAUAUAUCCCGAACGGCAGCAAUUGCCAGGAAGACGACAAUGACUCGGACGAUGAUUCAGACGACGGCAAUUACUUACAUCCCAGCUUACUGUCUUCCAAAAGUCAAAACGCCAACAACAAUGUCAAAAUCGGCCACCUUACCAAUGUGUUCAACAAGUCUUCCGAGGAUGAUUCUUACUCGCAACUUGUGAAGCAUUUCAAAGACAAGUUUGCUGACGACAUUGAUGAAAGUAGCAAUUCGGAUAAAAGCUCUAACAGCGAGCCCACUUCCACUGCUCCCACUUCCAGUGCAAAGUCCGUCUCUUCACUAAUUCCUCAGCCACCAUCUGAUGUGGAAGCAAUCAUCAUCAAGCUGGCAGAGCAUGUGGGCAAAAACGGCGAUGAAUUUGAAAAAUCAAUCAAAGCUCUGGGUGAUAAGAAAUUUGAGUUUCUCAACCCAGGGCACGUUUAUCACCCAUUUUAUGUGAAACUAAAGAUUAGCGAAAUAGCAAAAUAA